UGGCCGCCAUUAAAAACCUUCAAUCGUGUCGGACAUUCAGUGAUAAUUUUUAAUUACAGACAUUUUAAAGUGACUAGUUAGUUAUUGGACUCGACAGACUUUGUGUAGUGAAACCGAUGUGAUUUAUUUUGUUACUUUUGUGUGCAAAGACUUACCUGAGUGCUAAAUAUUCUAUAAAUCGCAGCCAAUGUCAGCAGGCGUGUCAGAUCAGCGGAUGAAAGGGCAAGGGAACCAAGUGACAAAUGCACCGAAAGAGCAACAGUUAGAGAGUGGCGGCGACGAGUUGGCGGAGGUGUCAUGGCGUCAACAACAGCAACCUUCCUACGCACCACCCAUCUCGUCAGCGGCCGACCCCUACAGCGCGGCAGGUUAUUACGGUACAACAGCACUUCCUUAUCAAGCUUUUGGAGUCGGGGAUGGGACAUGGUCCACCAAUGGAACAGACCCGAUGACUUUCCUCGGAGGAUACAAUCCUCACGAUUCUUAUGGAAUGGAUGGUAGUGUAUUUGGACCUUCAACAACUGCAUUCUCAACGGCUGCGUUCGGUCAGCCAGCUUCAAAUUUUAAUUAUUUCCAUGGAAAUGGAGAUUAUUCUACAUGGGGUCAGUUAGGACGCGCAAAGCAGUAUGAUGAUUAUUACAGGGCCGAUGGAAUGUAUGUGCCUGAUGGCAUCAAGGCUGUCGAGACGGGAGUGCAGGCACUCUCUCUUGGCGAGCAUAAAAUGGACAAAGACCGGGUUUCGGAGCUCAAGGAUGUAUCAGGUGGAUCGCAACCCAAAAAGAUGACAUGGGCAUCAAUCGCGAGCCAACCUGCUAAACCUGCCCCGUCUUCCCAAAGCACUGGACUUAAGAAAAAGGGGCCUGGAAUGCCCCCUCCGCCAAUAGUACCCGGUAAACAUAAUCUAGAGAUUAACGCAUGGGAUGCUGGUAAGAGUGCACCUGUCGUCACAGCCCCGCCGCCGCCGCAGUUACAACCUCAACCAGUACCCGCAGCGAUGGCGCUGCAAGCUGCGCCACCAGCUCCGGCCCCGGCGUCGUUACAACGUGGCCCACCACCGCAGCAUCAGGCUCAGCCCGCUUGGACGCACGCGCCGCGCGCGCCACCGCCUCACCAGCCGCACCAGGCCCACCAGCCCCAUCAACCACAUCAACAGCACCAACAACAUCAGCCUCAUCAGCCUCGCCCGCCGAUGCCUGCACCUCCUAUUGCCGCUGCCCCCCCAGUACAAUCAAAUCCAGCGACGCCACAUCCCGUUCUUGACGAAUUACGCGUCAAAAACGAUUACAAUCCUAAGGAGUUUGAUUUAGGCGCCCCAUCUGCUCGAUUUUUUGUCAUUAAGUCAUACUCGGAGGAUGAUAUCCACCGUAGUAUUAAAUAUGAAAUUUGGUGCAGCACAGAACACGGAAAUAAAAGGCUAGAUGCUGCAUAUCGCGAGCGGGAACGAGAGGCCGGUUCAGUCUUCUUGUUCUUCUCGGUAAAUGGUAGCGGUCAUUUCUGCGGCAUGGCGCGCAUGACAAGCGCAGUCGACUACAAUUCUAACUCUUCCGUGUGGUCGCAGGAUAAGUGGAAGGGACAAUUUCGUGUAAGGUGGAUUUAUGUUAAGGACGUUCCGAAUGUGCAACUUCGUCAUAUCAAAUUAGAGAAUAACGAAAAUAAGCCAGUUACAAACUCUCGUGAUACCCAGGAGGUGCCCCACGCAAAAGGCCUGCAAGUGUUGCGUAUAAUGCAUAGUUAUUGUCACUCGACUUCUAUAUUCGAUGAUUUUAUUCAUUACGAACGGCGUCAAGAAGAAGAGGAUUCAAGGAAGGUGCCACAUCAUAACAACCAGGAUAACAAUCGUGAGGAUCAGGAGAAUGGUCGUGGCUAUCGCAAUUAUAGAGACUACCGCGAUAAUCGCGAUGGACGUGACGGUCGUGAUGGACGGGAUCAUCGGGAUAAUCGUGAGCCAAGAGAUCACCGCGACUCGCGGGAUGGCCGCGACAAUCGCGAUCCCCGUGAUAUCCGUGACUCACGUGACCACCGUGAAUCCCGCGACCCACGCGAUCCUCGGGACCACCGUGAUCACCGCGAUCACCGUGAUGAUCGUGAUGGACGGGACAACCGUGAUCACGGAUAUCGCGACCGGGACUCAAAUUAUAGACCUCAUCAUAAGGACCGUGACGGCUCACGUGGGCGUGGACGUCCUCGCAAUUGAUUGGAUGCCUAUACUGUUUGAGGACAAUUUGAGGACUGGCUUCUCCCCAUAGACAACUAGUACUCGAGUUAAUAAUUGGUACCGUAUUACAAAGCCGAUAAUAUAUAUGUAUGUUUAGCUGCAUAUGUGAGCAGAAAAGAUGCAUUGAUCGUAAUGUGACCAAUUGUUGCGUCAAUCUGAACAAUUUAUAAAUAAAAUAGAGUAUUGUUUGUUUUAAACAGUGCAACGCUAAUGAGAAAACUUUCAACAAAUUAAAAUGUGCUAAAUAUUUUGUACUGGAAGAACGUUUAAUUAAACAAACGCAUAGUGAACCGAACAUUAACAACAUUCAUCAUGUGCCAGAUUUGUGUCACAUGACAUUGAGUGAAUUGUGGACUUUAUUUCAAAUUUGUGGACUGAAUCAAUAAAAUAUAGUAAUUUUUAUAACUAGGAAAUUCUGUGGUGAGAGGAGUUGAUCCUUUUUAGGGACCGGUGGAGUUAAAUGAUAAAAUUAACAUCGACAUGUGCUCUGUUUGAGUGUAGUGUUAAAACAAUACCACAAUCAUCUGUGUAUCAUCAACCUAAUGGAAAUGUUAACACAUUUUACCAAUAUUAGUGGUGUGGUGACCUAAUACUUUUAUAUUACAGUAAAAAUUGUAAUCAAGAGGUGAGGACAUUUUGUAUACAUUUUUUUAAUAUCAGAAACAAGACCAGUUAAUGUAUUCUCUCGUGGCAUUGAGUUCCAUGCAUUGUAUCAUACAUUUUAUUGUAUAAUUUGAGAUAACACAGUAGUAGAAAAGAGUGACCACUUUUAUAGCCAGUAAUAAAAAUCACUUCGAAAUGUAUCUAUGGUUUCAGAAUUUUAUUUUAUUAUAUUUUUCUAUAGUUGUAGGUAAAUAUGCAUUGUUGUCUAUUGAUUUUAUAUUUAAUAUUGUCUUUAUAAGAUUAUAUUGAUAAGUGCAACUGCAGUGUGACGAGAGAUAUCUGACAAACAACUAGUGCAUCAUGCAUUUUAUCAUUGAAUAUAUGUACUUGUUAUUAUCUACAUUAUUAUAUCCCCACCUUAUUUUUAAAGUGCCUUUUGAAUUGUUUAACUUAAAUUUAUUUCAACUCAAUUAGACAUCUAUAGAGCUAGUGCCACAUUACAAUGUUUUUUUUUUUAUAAUCCUCGAUUUUAAUCAUUUGUAGUUAGGAAUUUGCUGAUGCAUUCUAUUUUUUGUUUUAAUAUUUUAGUGUUUAUCGUGAUAUUAUGUAAAGGAAAAUCAUUUUCCAUAAUCACAUGUGAAGUGUUGAUUUAUAAAAAUUAUGUCGAUCCAAUAUAAAAUUUCCCUAAAACUGAUACUGGAUUAAAGCCUAUCAUAGA